UGACUGUUAAGUCCCGCUGGUCUCUGAGCUCCAGUCUUUUACAGCUGGACACACCUGGCCGUGUGUGUCCACGGGCGUGCCUCAGGUUGAACCAUGAUUGUCUUGAUGAAUGAUCUAUGGAAUGCUACCGAUGAGUGGGAUUAUGAUGAAUUUGGAAAUUUCAGCGGCACACCACCAACAGAAACAUAUAGUCCCUGUAGGAUAGACAAUGAGACACACAACAAGUACGCAGUGGUGGUCACCUAUGCCCUGGUCUUCGUGCUGAGCCUGCUGGGAAACUCCCUAGUGAUACUGGUUGUCUUACAUAGUCGGGUCAGCCAGUCUGUCACUGACGUCUACCUGCUGAACCUGGCCAUAGCCGACCUGCUCUUCGCCCUGACCUUGCCUCUCUGGGCCGCCUCCAAGGCAAAGGGCUGGAUCUUUGGCACACCCCUGUGCAAGGUGGUCUCGCUCCUGAAGGAAGUCAACUUCUACAGUGGUAUUUUACUACUGGCCUGCAUCAGCGUGGACCGCUACCUGGCCAUUGUCCAUGCCACACGCACGUUGACCCAGAAGCGGCACUGGGUCAAGUUCAUAUGCUUAGGCAUCUGGGCCCUGUCCCUGAUCCUGUCCCUACCCAUCUUCGUCUUCCGCAGGGCCGUCAAUCCCCCCUACUCCAGCCCAGUCUGCUACGAGGACAUGGGUGCCAAUACAACAAAACUGCGGAUAGUGAUGCGGGCCCUGCCCCAGACCUUUGGCUUCCUCCUGCCGCUGGUGGUCAUGCUGUUCUGCUAUGGGCUCACCCUGCGCACCCUGUUUCAGGCCCACAUGGGGCAGAAGCACCGGGCCAUGCGGGUCAUCUUCGCUGUCGUGCUUGUCUUCCUGCUCUGUUGGCUGCCCUACAACCUGGUCCUGGUCGCAGACACCCUCAUGAGGCUCCGGGUGAUCAAGGAGACUUGUGAGCGCCGCAAUGACAUUGGCCGGGCCCUGGAUGCCACCGAGAUUCUGGGCUUCCUCCACAGCUGCCUCAAUCCCUUCAUCUACGCCUUCAUUGGCCAGAAGUUUCGCCAUGGACUCCUCAAGAUCAUGGCCUUCCAUGGGCUCAUCAGCAAGGAGUUCUUGUCCAAGGACGGCAGGCCUUCCUUUGUUGGCUCUUCUUCAGCAAACACUUCUACUACCUUCUAAGCCCCCCCACCCCGGCCCUGUCGCAGCCCCUCGGGGCUCCUCCCUCACCAUCAGCAUCCCGUUCCGAGCCUCAUGUCCACUGGCUGUUCACAGCCUCUGUGUCAAGGCAGCCCCCGGGUGUGGUUGCAGGAAGUGACUGGGGCCGUGUCCUUUUCAGGCCCGUUGUACGGUUUAGAAAGCCUGCCCUGGUCCCCCAGGCCUGACUAUACUUACUCUGUCAGCUGCUAGAGCUCAGUCCACCCCACCGCUGAGCCCACAGCACUCUGUUCUCUGAAGCAGUUAAAGACAUUUAAAAGGCAUUCCUUCAAGUGACUACAGAAAGUUCCUACAUGGGGAGGCAUCAGUGGUGAACGGCAUUAGCUGCUGCCCCAACUGUCCCUUUCUUGCUAGCCAGCAAAGCCCACCUCCCUUGAGAGAGGCUGAGAAGGACAGAUACUCACUUUCGAAGACUCCCUUGGCUAGGAGUGGCCCUGCCAUUCACUUCGGACUACUUAGAUUUCAGGGCAAUGGUGUGCUGGUAAACCACUCUCCUGGGGGAAAGAAGUCCUGAUUUGUAGCAUUUACUGAGUUGCCCGGUAUAAAUGCUCCCACCAUGGCGAUUUCAAGAGUUUUCAAGUAAUGUAAUGAGUGCUUUCACAAGCAGGUACAAACUGGCCCUAGGGCACUAUUGCUUAAGAGGAAGUCUGCUGGGUCCAGGGACUCCUGGGAAGUAGUCCUGAUUAAAAAAAGAGAGAGAGAGAGACACACACACGCACACCCCCUUGGUUCUCACCUUUGAAUAUGGUUGUAGGAUCUGAUGUGACAAAGAGGCAAAAAGUGUGCUCAACACACUUAGGCAGAUGGAGCAGAUGAGAAUAAAGAGCCCAGAAAGAAGCUUAAGUGUAAAUGGCCAAUGAUUUUCAACAGGGGGCACCCAGACUAUUCAAUGGAGAAAGGAUGGUCGUUCAACAAAUGGUUUGGGCAAACCAGAUAUCCACACGCACAGGAAUGAACUUGGUCCCUUUCCUUACACUAUGUACAAAAGUUGACUCAAAAUGGGUCAAAUACCUAAUGAUAAAAGCUGAAAUUAUAAGGAAAAGUUUCAUUUGGUUUGAGGUUGGGGAUGGAGAGAAGUUCAGAGAUAAGGUUUAGAUCAAGGUUAAGAGUGGAACCAGGGAUGAGGUUGGAGUUAGAGGUGAUGUGGCAGGGAGCCAGAGAUGGGGUGGCAGGUUGGGACAAGGUGGAAGUUCAGAAAAGGAUGAAUAUCAGGAACAGGGGGAGAUCCAGAAUGGGGAGAAGCUGGGGCUGGGGUUAAUGAGAUUCAGGGAGGUUCAGUGGGGUUGGGACCAGGUAUGGGGGGAAGUGUAGGAAUGGCAUGAGUGUGCUAGUGUGGUGAGUCUCAGGGAGAGAUGUCAGAACUGGGAGUGAAUGUCAGGGGCUGCUAUUGUAGUCCAGUUAGUGGCUGGAGCAAAAAGACAUCACUGGUAGAUUCACCAUUUUCUGGGGAGCAUUGUCUAAAAUGCUUUUCUGGGGGCAAGGAUGGAGGUACCUUGGCUGUCCAGCUGAGGGUCUCCAAGUGGGUUGAUGAGAAAGGAGUUAGGGCUCAAGCCCUAAGAGAUAGAUCUGAUUCAGGAGAGAAGCCGGAAGAAUGCUGAAGAAAUCCAGGGAGGAGGACUGGCAACAGGGUCUGGGAAUCUCCCCUUCCUCUCCCUCCCUCCUUCUCCUAACGCCCUUCCACCUCUCAACUGCAAGCUUAAAUGCCCAUUUCCUCCAUCCUCUGAUGUCCCAAAGACAACUCUGUCAGGGGCUUCAGUAAGUAAAUAUGGAUCCAUAUUGUGUCUGGGGAAACACAAAUGACGAACAUGUAUCUGAAAAGAUGCUUGGCCUUGCUAGUAACCUGGGAAGUGGGAAUCAAACAGCAAUAAAAUAACUUGGAAGUAUUUUAAAUAGGGAGGGUUAUAUAGUCGACUCUCAAACAACACAGGUUUGAAUUGUGUGGGUCCACUGAUAAUGUGGAUUUCAAAAAUAAAUACAGUACUGUAAAUCUGUUUUCAUCAUGAUUUAAAAAAAUUUUAAAUACAAUCUACUCCCCCAACAUGGGGCUUGCGCUCAUGAUCCCAAGACCAAGAGUCGCAUGUCCCACUGACUGAGUGAGCCAAGUGCCCUCUCGUGAUUUUUCUCGAUAACAUUUUCUCCAGCUUACUCUAUUGUAAGAAUAUAGUAUAUAGAACAUACAAAAUAUGUGUUCAUCUACUAUGCAUGUUAUUGGUAAGGAUUCUGGUCAACAGGAAGCUGUUAGCAGUUAAGUUUUUGGGGAGUCAAGAAUUUACAUACAGAUUUGCCAUGGCAUGGUGGGGUCCGUGUCCCUCACCCCUCUGUUGUUUAAGGGCCAACUGUAGUCAGAACUCCCUUUGAACAAGGGCAACAUUGUUCCAUUAGAUUUUCAAUGCAAGGUGUAAUUCUCCGGGUAGAGCUCAACACAGAAAUGAUUGGGGUUUCAGAUCUGUAACAAUGCCAGGAUGUGGGUACUGAAAUAACAGGGCAGCCUGAAAUAUCAAAAACAAGUGUUUCAACCACUAGAUAGGGCAAGGUCAAGGAGCUGUUUCACCUCAGGGAGGGAAUCAGUGUCGAGGGUGAGGCUGGGAUCAGGGAUGGAGUGCAUCUUGGGAGGGGACUGGGGUGUCAGAGACGGUAGUGAGCCGGGGAUGGGACUGGGUUAGGGAUGUGGGGAACAUCAAGGAUAGAGUCGGGGAGGGAUUGGGAUGUGGAUGUGUGUUCUGUUCAAUGCUUGCUGCUUGUAAGUUUUGAAAAUUUGAUUUGAGGGCACCUGGCUGGCUUACUGGAAAGAGCAUGCGACUCUUGAUCUCAGGGUGGUAAGUUUGAGCCCCACCUUGGCUGUAGAGAUUACUAAAAAUAAAUGAAUGAAUGA